UGGGAACAUCAAACAUCACUUGCGUGUACUGAGUAAACUAUUACAAAAUAUGGAGCAGAUUACUAAAGUUUGGUUAGGACCCUUGCCAGCCGAUUCACCAUAUGUAAAACCCUUUCGUUUCUACUACGUCCAAAAUGGCAAGGAGAAAAAUUGGGAUCUGCUAAAGGUGCACGACAGUGUGUCGAUUGUUUUGUACAAUACCAGCCGACAAAAGCUGAUUUUCGUCAAACAAUUUCGUCCUGCUGUCUUCCAUGGUAUUGUGACCACUGAUGGUGGCAGUGUGGAUAAUGUUGAUCUACAGAAGUAUCCACCAUCGUUGGGUUGUACCAUGGAAUUGUGUGCUGGCAUUGUGGAUAAAGAUAAGAGCUGGAAGGAAAUAGCUCGUGAAGAAAUUCUGGAGGAAUGCGGCUAUGAUGUUCCAGUGGAAAGGGUCGAAGAAGUAAUGACAUACAGGUCUGGUGUGGGUUCCCAAGGUUCCAAGCAAACAAUGUACUAUUGCGAGGUCACCGAUGCCGAUAAGAGCACUAGCGGCGGUGGCGUUGAUGACGAACUAAUCGAGGUGGUUGAACUGAGUAUAGAUGAAGCCCGUAAAAUGGUACAACAAGGCUCCGAUAAUAAUAGCCCACCCAGUUGUUUAUUGGGUGUUAUGUGGUUUCUUAUGAAUAAGGCACCAAAAAAUUAA